GUAAACAACUCCACAACAGAAGUUUUUUGCAGUUAUUAUGUAAUAAAACCCGUCCUUCGGAACAGUCCCCACGGGGGACGCCCCGCUAGGGUUUCACAGUUGCCUGCACAUUUACUUCCCGAGUGAGCAGAACGAGAAACCGUGGUGACCAAGGUUUUAACGCCGCGUGCCGGAUAAAAUCUAUUUUUUGGUUGCUUAUCAUCAGAAGGCGCAAAAGGUUCUUUAGCAGCGGCAAUUUGGAAAUAUAUUGUUGUUUUUGCGGUUCCAGUUAGUUUCGGCCACAUUGACAGGCUCUCUUGCACAUAGAUCCUCGAAAGUCACUGGCAAUAGUAGCCGCAUUUGAUUUGGCAUCAUUUUGAAAUCCAUCGUUGACUUUUUCGGUGAUAUCUCUGGUGACUGUGCAACCUUUUCUCAAAAUGAAUUCAGGGCAAGCAUUUGUGACUUUGGCUACUAACGACUCGUACGGAUUGGGCGCGCUUGUUCUUGGUCAUUCUUUGCGCCGUACUGGGACGACUCGAAAAUUGGCCAUCCUCAUUACUCCAGACGUGUCGAACCAUAUGCGGAGUAUGUUGCAGAAAGUUUAUGACGUAAUUCAAGAGGUCAAUGUAUUGGAUUCAAAGGAUGCAGCCAACUUGGCGCUGCUGGCUCGGCCGGAACUUGGUAUCACUCUGACGAAACUCCAUGCCUGGAAUCUCACGCAAUUUCAGGAAGCAGUAUUCCUUGAUGCGGACUGUUUGGUGGUGCAGAAUGUGGACGAUCUUUUUGACCACGAAGAAUUAUCCGCCGUGACCGAUGUUGGCUGGCCGGAUUGUUUUAAUACUGGUGUUUUCGUCUUUCGUCCGAACACUAACACCUACACUCAGCUUAAUCAGUUCGCAUUGGAAAAGGGAUCAUUUGACGGUGGGGAUCAGGGUUUAUUGAAUCAAUUUUUCCCGGACUGGAAACGACUAUCUUAUGUUUACAACGUGGCGGCCACGGCGAUUGACUCGCAUUCACCGGCAUUUAGACAAUAUGGUGCAAAUGUGAAGAUUGUCCACUUUCUUGGAAGUACGAAACCAUGGCAUAGCACAAGCGCAGCAAGCGUGUAUUUCUCACCUGCUUUGGGAAAUUUCUUGUCGCUGUGGUGGCAAACGUUCAAUACGAGCGUCCGUGGUGGUCUGGAAUUUGAUUGGGUAAGUUUUAAUGCAAGUGUUCGGAGCAGACGGACUGUCCAGAUUCUGAAGCCGGGAUUUAUCAUAACGGUGAUAUAUGUUUUG